GAGGUAGACUGGCUUCACAUACUGUAUUUAAGUCAUCGCUGAAGGCACUUUUUGUCUCGGUCAUGGCUCAGUGUGCGGCUCAUCCUACUGUCCUCAUCGUAUUGCUGUUUCUCGGUCUGGCUGCGGUCCUGCUCCUCACUGUGCCAAGCGAAGAUGUUCCCAGGGCCCCCGGGUUCAUGUAUGGAAUUGUUUUGGAUGCUGGAUCCUCACACACGUCCUUAUUUGUAUACAAAUGGCCUGCAGACAAGCAAAAUGGCACCGGCGUGGUCACCCAACACAGCGAAUGUCAUGCAAAGGGAGGCGGAAUAUCCAGCUAUGCCGGAAAAGAGGGUGCAGCGGGGCAGAGCUUGGUGGAGUGUCUUGAUCAGGCAGUGCACGACGUCCCUGCACACAGACACAAGGUCACACCCGUGUACCUGGGGGCCACAGCUGGCAUGAGGCUUCUGGAGGUUUCCAGUCCAGAGCAUUCAUCUCAAAUUCUGCAAGAAGCAGGCCGUAAAAUCCAGUCAUACCCUUUCAGCUAUCAGGGGGCUGCCAUACUCUCAGGUCAAGAGGAGGGAGCCUUUGGUUGGGUCACCGUCAAUUACCUCUUAGAGAAUUUCAUUAAGUAUGGCUUUGUAGGCCGGUGGUUGAAGUCCGGCAGGCCUACAGUGGGGGCCCUCGACUUCGGUGGUGCAUCUACCCAGAUAACAUUUGUGACUCAGGAACGAGUGGAGGAUGAGAAGGACAUGAUGAAGCUACGUCUUUAUGGACAAGAGUAUUCUUUGUACACACAUAGUUUCCUCUGCUACGGGCAGGAUCAGGUCCUCAAGAGGCUGCUGGCCCACAUUGUCAAGUCUCAAGGUUAUUCAGUAUCAGUUACCCACCCUUGCCAUCCUCUAGACUCAUCUAUAAGAGUAAAUCUGGCCAGCAUCUUCAGUUCUCCAUGCACAGCCAAGUACAAACCAAGCAGCUACAAAUCUCAGGAUUCUUUGCUAAUAAACGGCAGUGGACAUUAUGAGCAAUGUGUGGGCAAUGUGUCAGAGAUUUUCUCCUUCGACGUGUGCCCCUUCUCUCACUGCUCCUUCAAUAAAGUCUUUCAGCCCAACGUGACUGGAAGCUUCAUGGCAUUUUCGGCCUUCUUCUACAUUCACUCUUUCCUACAACGGCUCACUGGAAUCACAAUUAGCACACCUGCGCAAAUGGAGGAGGCUGCUAAAACAGUGUGCAAGAUGAGUUUUGCUCAGAUGCUGGCUCUUGAUCCAGAUGAAGCAUCACGACUGAAGGACUAUUGUGCUUCCUCUGUGUUUGUCAAGGUCCUCCUGCUCAAAGGAUACAGAUUUGAUGAAAAAUCAUUCUCAAGCAUUUCUUUCAAGAAGAAGGCUGGUGACACCUCAGUCGGGUGGGCUCUUGGCUACAUGUUGAGUCUGAGUAAUUUGCUGCCCUCUGAAAAAGUUUGUAUGUGGAAGGCAUUAGCACCAGGAGUAUGGGAAAGCCUCAUAGUUCUUUUUGUGCUGCUGUUGGUCAGCGUUCUGGUGUUCAUUGGACUCCGAGCCUGUGAGUGGAAAAAGCGAGGACUCAAUGAUGGAGCCAUCUAG